GCUCGGUGCAUCACGGCAGUGUGCAUUUAGCAGCAUCAUCCUACGCACCUGCACCACUCACGAGCUAUCGCACGGACAGCAUCGCAUUAAAAAUACUAGAAACAUAUAAUAAAAUAUCGAUAACAUACACAGAAAAGAAAAGCUCGGCUGAGAACGCUUCUAUUUCCCCUCGUCCUCGCAGUUUUGGACCUCGCCAGACAUUAGACUUCUUUCUCUCUUUGACUCUUCAGGCAAAAUGGGGAAACAGAACAGCAAGCUGACCCCCGAGGUGAUGGAAGAUCUGGUGAAGAACACAGAGUUUAACGAACACGAGCUGAAGCAGUGGUACAAGGGUUUCCUGAAGGACUGUCCCACCGGACGUCUCAACCUGGAGGAGUUCCAGCAGCUCUAUGUCAAGUUUUUCCCUUACGGUGAUGCGUCCAAGUUCGCCCAGCACGCCUUUAGGACUUUCGACAAGAACGGCGACGGCACCAUCGACUUCAGAGAGUUCAUCUGUGCGCUGUCCAUCACAUCUCGGGGCAGCUUUGAGCAGAAACUCAACUGGGCCUUCAACAUGUAUGACCUGGAUGGAGACGGCAAAAUAACACGGGUGGAGAUGUUGGAGAUUAUUGAGGCAAUCUACAAAAUGGUGGGCACGGUGAUCAUGAUGAAAAUGAACGAGGACGGCCUGACGCCCGAGCAGAGGGUGGACAAGAUCUUUUCCAAGAUGGAUAAGAACAACGACGAUCAGAUCUCGCUGGAGGAGUUCAAAGAGGCGGCUAAGAGCGACCCCUCCAUCGUAUUACUCCUGCAGUGCGACCUCCAGAAAUAAGGUGAAGGGGCGAGCGGAGCACCCCGCCAAGCCGCCGCCGCCGCUGCCACGGACUGCACAGAAAGAAUUUCAUGUUCCAUUCAGUUUGCAGCUAUUUCCACUGAACAAAAAAAAAGAAAUAUAUAUAUAUAAAUAUAUGCUCGGACUACCUUUCAAUGGAUCUUGCUUCUUGUGUUUGAAACACUCGUGUGCAUGAGAAUGUUAUUUGCUUUAAAUAAAAAAAUAAAAAAUCAAUACACACACACUACAUGUUAACACCAUGCACAAAUAAUAUAUAUAUUUCAAUUACUCCAAGAUCAAAUGCCAAAAUGUGAAGUGUGCAGUUUUUUUUCCAGAAAGUUUCUACUGGAGCAUCAAUGACGUGCUACACUGGAUUUGCCGCUAUAUUAUAUUUAUUGUUCCACUGAUGCUAGUCGUACGUGUUUACCAAACCAAACCAAAUUCCUCCCAUCAUGCAUCUGCCUCUGUCCGUCAAAUAUUAGCUCUAGGUGAUACUCCAACAGGUGGUUUCCUGCUCAAACAUGCUCGUAACGUCACUUUAAAAUAUAUAAAACAAGAAAAAUAUACUCGUAGUUACUUUGCAUGCCUUUAAGUUCCGCCUUAAAGUCAUUCUGCGUCCUGCGAUGGAAGACGAGAAAAGCCUUAUCCGAGCUGACGCCUGCGAGGAAAACAUUUUCACCGGGUGGUCUCGUGCUACGUUUUCUUUCCCGCCGCUUGAACUCGUGGGAGCAUGUGUCCUCGUACAUUCGCUGUCGUAGAUGUCGCUAAGAACCUUGUGCAUUUAAACGCUUUCACUGGAAAACUGGCGCACGUCGGAUGUAUUAGACACAGGCAAGCCGAGGUGAAAUUAGAGCAGAAAGAGAGGGCAUCUAGUUCGAGAGGUUCUAUGUAGGGAUGGGUAUUUGCUUAAUGACACGCUCACUUUGGGCCUGUUCUAUCGCACCGUGCCUCAGUCAUUCUGGUUAUCAUUAAUAACCGGUGGGAGGAACGAUUGCAUUGACACAUGGCUGCAUUGCAUGUCCGUGCAUGUGCUCAUGCAUGAGCAAGUGUACCAUGGGCUUUGACUUUGGAGAUUAUUUCACUUUGUUAUGGUUAUUUUGAUGAUGUAAGGUUACCAUUACCAUUAAUAACUGGUGAGAGCACUCAUCAUAUUGAUUGUAGGUAAUACUGUAUCUUGGCUGAGGGCGUGUAUGUGCUCAUGCAUGAGCAAGUAUACCGUGGGCUUUGACACUGGAGAUUAUUUUGCUUCGUGUAGAUUAUUUUGAUGAUGUAAGGUUACGGUUCUCGAUAAUAAUUGGUGAAAGAAAUUAACAUAUUGAUUGUAGGAAACAAUCAACAUGUGGGGCUCGAGUAUGUGCUCAUGCAUGGGCAAGUGUGCUUACGGAUUUGACGUUGGGGAUCAUUUGGAUUUGUUUUGGUUAUUUUGAUUAUGCAAGGCUAAAUUAUCAUUAAUAACUGGUGAGAGGACAUGCCAUAUUGAUUACCGGAAAUAUCUUGGCUGGGGGCCUGUGCGUGUGCUCGUGCAUGAGCAAGUGUACAAUGAGCUUUGACGUUAGGUUUGUUUUGGUUGUUUUGAUGAUGCAAGGUUACCAUUAUCCUGAAUAACUGGCGAGAGGACUCGUCGUAUUAUAGACUAUCUUGGCUGAGUGUCCGUGUGUGUGCGCAUGCAUGAGCAAGUGCAACGUGGGUUUUGAUGUUGGAGAUUACUUUGCUUUGUUUUGGUUAUUUUGGUGAUGAAAGGUUACGGUUACCAUUAUUAACCAGUGAGAGGAAACAUCGCCGCUGCAUCUUGUGCAUGUGCUCAUGCAUGGGCAAGUGUACCGUGGGCUAUGACGUUCAGUUCAGUUUGAUUAUUUAGAUGAUGCAAAGUUGUGGUUAUCAUUAAUAACUGGCGAGAGGACUGAUAGUGAUUGUAAGCAAUAUCUUGGCUGAGGACCCAUGCGUGUGCUCUGCAUGAGCAAGUGUACCGUAGGCUUUGAGUUUGGAGAUGAUUUUGCUUUGUUUUGGUUAUUUUGAUGAUAUAAGGUUGCAGUUAUCAUUAAUAACUGGCAAGACGUAUUAUCACAUUAAUUGUAGGCAACAUCCCAGUUCGGUGGUAAUGCAUUAGCAAGUGUACCGUGGGCUUUGAUGUUCAGUUCAGUCUGAUUGUUUUGAUGAUGCAAACUCAUGGUUAUCAUUAAUAACUGGCGAGAGGCCUCUUCAUAUUGAUUGUAGGCAAUAUCUUGGCUAGGUGUCCCGUGCGUGAGAAAGUGUACUCUGGGCUUUGACGUUCAGUUCAUUUUGAUUACACAAUUUUGACGAUGUGAGGUUAUGGCUAUCAUUAAUAACCGGUGAGAGGAAUUGUCAUCGUCAUGCAAGGAAACAUCCCGGCUAAGUGCCUGCUCAGGCAUGACCAAGUAACCAAGCAUAAUGUGGGCUUUGAAGUUUCAGUUUGUUGUGGUUGUUUUGAUUAUGAAACAGUUCUGGUUAACAUUAAUAACUGGUCAGAGGACUUAUAUUGAUCGUCGGAAAUAUCUUGACUGGAUGCCCGUCACAAGAAACCGUGAGCUUAUCAUUAAUAACUGGUGGGAGGACUUCAUUCUAGGAAACAUCCCAGCAUGCGCUCGUGCAUGAGCAAGUCCUCACUUUUCCACAUUUUGCGGCAAUUAUCAUUAUUGACUGGCUGGAGGAAUGGUCAAAUUGAUUGGGUGCCCAUGCAUGUGCUUGUGCAUGAGCAAGCGUGCCUCUUUCGCGUGCAUUCUCUUCCACCGCACCAAAAUGUGAGUGUUAAAACGGGCCCAAACACGGGACAAGAACAGCCUAACAUCCUUUAAUUACUAUGGGGAAAAUUGACGAUUGAUUAAUUGUGAUUUUUUUUAAACAGUAACACAUCAAACUGUGUCUUUUCCCACAUUUUUAUUGAAAGAACAUUUACAACGGCCUCCGGGAAUGUACUUUAACUCAACUCAGCAAUUAUGCAGACUACAUAACAAACCACCCAUUUAUCGACUAAUUGAUUAUGCCGAUCCCAAGUCGCCAUCACGUUUUUCGAGCUUGCAGGUUGCAUAUCAAUACAAUUAAAAACAGUGGGUGGAGGUAUGGGAAACGAGGCUUGUGCUGCAUUUCAGUUCAUUCCUUUAGGAACUUUACUGUCACAGUAACAAGAGGACGCGUCCAAAAUAAUUCACCCUCCAACCACUCCGGCUUUUUGUACUUUUUUACUGCCCCGCUCUCUCGUCGUAUGGAUGCACGGUCGCACCAGCGUGGGGGAAAGUUUGGAAAUGUGUUAUGCCUCCUGAGAGAGCCCAUUGUUACCUUUCAGUAAGUCCACCUGGCACACUUUAACUGUACACAGCCUAGUGCAUCAUGAGCUAUGUGUCCUAAUACACAGUACUGCAGUAUUCCUCAGCAAUGUGGCUUGUCCUUGUCGGUCCUUGAACCUUUUUUAGUUGUUUUCUUUUUUUUUUUUGGCCCGUGUUUCUAACUGCAACUCUGUGGUUGCGAUGAAGAUACCAAAUGUAAGCAAAAGCAACUGUGUACAAGGAUUCUUUUGUAGCAUGUAUUGUGUUCCUGACGACAUGGCUGCACUACACCCUGUGUUGUGAUUUAAUCUAAUAAAAAGGAACUCUAUGGGC